GAUUGUAUCAACACAAUGGGAAGCUACAACUGUACCUGCAGGGAUGGCUACAUUACCAGCUCAAGCGACCCCACUAAAUGUGAUGAGGUUAACGAGUGCAUUGGUGCUACAAACCCAUGUCAACAACUCUGUAUGAAUACGGAUGGUGGAUACACUUGUUAUUGUAGAGGUGGAUAUGUAUCCAGUCCUAGUGACCCAACCAAGUGUGUAGAUGUCAAUGAAUGCAGCAACACACAGAACCCUCCCUGUCAACAGACGUGCACCAACACAGUGGGUGGAUACUGGUGCUCCUGUACACCUGGCUUCAGAGUUGACCCUUCAGACUCCACUAAAUGUAUUGAUAUAAAUGAAUGCAGCUUUACACCCAGCCCCUGUCAACAAACCUGCACCAAUACAGCUGGUGGUUACGUCUGCUCCUGUUCUGCUGGCUACACAGUCAGCGACACAGAUUCCUCUAAAUGUCAAGACAUCAAUGAAUGUACAGCAAGCAGUGGCUCCCCCUGCCAGCAGAAGUGUACAAACACCAAUGGAAGUUUCACCUGCUCGUGUAAUGCUGGCUACAUGGUCAGUACAACUGACCCAAGCAAAUGUCAAGACAUAAAUGAAUGCGCUGAUUCAUCCAACUCCCCAUGUCAACAAGUUUGUACCAACACAAAUGGCAGCUUCUCAUGUUCCUGUAAUGCUGGCUUUAGGCCUAGUCCCAUAGACCCAACUCAGUGCCAAGACAUCAAUGAAUGUACCAGUUCAAGCAGUCCAGUUUGUGAACAAACAUGUACUAACACAGCAGGCAGCUUUACAUGUUCCUGUAGAACUGGGUACACCAUCAGCACCACAGAUCCCACCAAAUGUGUUGACAUCAAUGAAUGCACCAGUUCAAGCAGUCCAGUUUGUGAACAAACAUGUACCAACACAGCAGGCAGCUUUACAUGUUCCUGUAGGGCUGGGUACACCAUCAGCACCACAGAUCCCACCAAAUGUGUUGACAUUAAUGAAUGUACCAGUUCUAGCAGUCCAGUUUGUGAACAAACAUGUACCAACACAGCAGGCAGCUUUACAUGUUCCUGUAGGGCUGGAUACACCAUCAGCACUACAGAUCCCACCAAAUGUGUUGACAUCAAUGAAUGCACCAGUUCUCAAAGUCCCGUGUGUGAACAUGUCUGCAUUAACACAGUGGGCAGCUUUGAAUGUUUGUGUAGGACUGGAUACACCACCAGCAGUACAGAUCACACCAAAUGUGUUGACAUCAAUGAAUGUACCAACUCUUCCUUCCCUGUGUGUGAGCAAAACUGUACCAACACCCUGGGUGGCUUCAAAUGUUCCUGCAUGCCUGGGUACACCAUCAAGAAGAAAGACCACUCCAAAUGUGUUGAUAUUGAUGAAUGCACCACCUCUCUCAAGCAUGUAUGUGAACAAAAUUGCACCAACACAGUGGGCAGCUUUAAAUGUUCCUGUAGAGCUGGGUUUACCAUCAGCAGCAAAGACCCCACCAAAUGCGUUGCUGAAACAAGGAGCUGUGAAGAGAGUACCUAUGGAUGUUGCUAUGAUGGCAAGUCUUUUGCAACUGGUCCUAACAGACUUGGGUGUGGUGAUUGCAGUUCUUUCCCUUGCCAACAAAUCUGCAGGAACACAGGCAAAGGCUACAUCUGCUCAUGUAGUCCAGGCUUUGUUGUCAGUGCUACUAACUCUUCAGCUUGUCAAGAUAUUGAUGAAUGUACCAGUUCUAGCCGCUAUGUAUGUGAUCAAAUUUGCACCAACACUGUAGGGAGUUUUACAUGUUCCUGUAGGGCUGGAUACACCACUGAUAGGAAUGAUGCCUCCAAAUGUGUUGACAUCAAUGAAUGUACCAGUUCUAGCAAGCCUGUAUGUGAUCAAAUUUGCACCAACACUGUUGGAAGUUUUACUUGUUCCUGUAGGGCUGGAUACACUGUCAGCAGUAAAGAUCCUACCAAAUGUGUUGACAUUAAUGAAUGUAGUAGCAAAAGUUCUGUGUGUGAGCAAAUAUGUACCAACACAGCAGGCAGCUAUAUGUGCUCCUGUAAGGCUGGAUACACCACAAACAGGAAGGACUCCACCAAAUGUGUUGACAUCAAUGAAUGUACCAGUUCUAUAAGUCAUGUGUGUGACCAAAUAUGUACCAAUACACCUGGCAGCUUCACAUGUUCCUGUAGGGCUGGAUACACCAAAAAUAGUACAAACCCCACUAAAUGUGAUGACAUCAAUGAAUGUAAUAGUUCUAAAAGUCCUGUUUGUGAGCAGAAUUGUACUAACACAGUGGGCAGCUUUAAAUGUUCCUGUAGGGCAGGGUACACUGUCAACAGCAAAGACCCCACCAAAUGUGUUGACAUUAACGAAUGCAUCAGUCCUGGUAAUUGUGUAUGUGAGCAGAACUGUACAAAUACAAUUGGCAGCUUUAAAUGUUCCUGCAUGCCUGGGUACAUCGUCAACACUAAAGCUCCCACUAAAUGUGUUGACAUCAAUGAAUGUACCAGUUCUAAAACUCCUGUCUGUGAACAGAAUUGUACCAACUCAGUGGGCAGUUUUAAAUGUUCCUGUUGGAAUGGGUACACAACCAAUCAAAAAAUCCCUUCCAAAUGUGUUGACAUCGAUGAAUGUACCAGUUCUAAAAGCCCAGUUUGUCAACAAACAUGCACCAACACAGUGGGCAGCUUUAAAUGUUCCUGUAGGGCUGGGUACACUACAAACACUACAGAUCCCUCCAAAUGUGUUGAUAUCAAUGAAUGUACCAAUUCUGUCCAUCAUGUAUGUCAACAUGAUUGCAAUAAUACAAUUGGAAGCUUUAAAUGUUCCUGUAGACAAGGAUUCACAAUUAGUGACACAGAUCCCACCAAAUGUGUUGAAACCAAUGAAUGUGCAUCAAGUCCUUGUGCUCACAACUGUACAGACACGUUUGGAGGUUUUGUUUGUUCCUGCGCUGAAGGAUUUGUUGUCAACUCUAAAGAUGUGACUAAGUGUGACAAAAUUGUGCCAUGUAAGACUCUGGCGGAUAUCAUCUUUGCUAUGGAUGCUUCAGGCAGUAUUGGACUAGACAACUACAACAUACAGCUGGAGUAUGCGUCACGUCUUGUUUCACAGUUCAACAUCAGCAAAGAUGCGGCUCAGUUUGGUGCAGUUGUCUUUAGCACUGAUGUACAGGAGUUGUUUGAUUUGAACAAGUACAACAAUCUCAAGUCUAUUCAGAAAGCACUUCUAGCUGCCCCUUACCCUGCCAGCACCACUAUGCUGAACCUGGCCCUUGAGCACAUUGAAGAGGAUAAAAUGUUCGAUGUUAAAUCUGGUGGUAGGCCUGACUCUGCCAAGUCAGUCCUCAUACUAACGGAUGGCAAAUCCACAGAUCCAGUCAAAACUGAAAGCGCAGUGAAAGUCCUGAAAGACCAAGGCAUUCAUAUAAUUUGUGUUGGUAUUGGGGAAGAAGUUUCUGUGAGUGAGUUGAAGAAGAUAGCCAGUACUCCUGAAGAUGUCUACCAGACGGACAGCUUUGAGAGCUUAAGCUAUGUCCAACAAAAGUUGGCCAAGAGCCUUUGUUAAACUUUUCACCUAGCUCUCGCCUGAGGUUAUGAUGAAGGACUAUGUUCUGAAUUUUAUGUGAUGAAUUUCUUCUUUUGUGUCUAUUAAUGAAAUUAUUAAAAAGUAGGCUG